GGUGGCCGGGAAUAAAAGGCCCCCUAGGAUUGGCCUCCCGGUCCUUGUGUGAUCCAGCACUCUCCUCUGCUUCCCCUGUUGUUCGUUUUAUUUUGCACAUAUUCCCCCGAGUGCUUGUUCGCACAAGGGCCACCAGCAUUCUGCCGUUCCUUCGAAGCGCGCCGACCCCCUCGCCCUCCCCCCACGACACAGCGCCGCCUGUGGCCUCCCUUCGCUGAAUUCACCCCCUGCCCCCUUAUGGCCAUGCUGUGCUGGCUUCUCGUCGCGGCCCUGGCGCUGGCCUCCGGGGCUGCGGCCCAGGCCGGCGAGCUGCCAGAGCCCUUUGAGGGUCUGUCGGCGGUGGUGCGCCGCGGCCCGGCCGGCGCCGGACGCCCGGACUUCCUGGUCCCCGGCAUCCGCGGCUUCACAACCAUCAUGCUGCCCGAGGAUGCUGGCCCGGCCCGGCUGGUCAUGCGCAUGGAGACCUCCAUCCAGCUGAUGGGGCCGCUGGAGGGGGCCGUCGAGUCCGGGCUCUUCCUGGCCGAGACGCCGGCCACCUCGCUGCCGGUCCACGCCGGGGCCUUCCCCCCGGGGCAUCCCCUGCACCAGGUGUACACCGAUCCCCGGCUGAGCACCUGGCCGCUGGCCUGGUAUGAUCGUGACAAGGUGCUGCCCUCGCAAUGGCCCGGUGGGGUAUUCUGGGCCGAUGCCCGGGGGCUCAUGCAUGGGACCUUCCAGCUGGCGCCCGGCCCCGAGCCCGGGGUGCAGGCCGACUCGAGGCUGGUGUUUGCCCCGGCCGGCCUGCCGGCUGCGACCCGGCCACCGGUGCUGGACUUCGCCGUGCUCACAGACCGCCGGGCCCCGGGGGAUGGGCCCUUCUGCGAGCAGGUGGCCAUUCUCUCGGAAGCCGACCAGGCCGGCGAGGCGUGGAUGGAGCUCCGAGUGGCGGCCCUGUGCCUGGGAGCAUCGGAGCCCCGGGUGUCGGGGGUGCUCUUCCGGGCCCGGCUGACGCACGCGCACCAGCGCACCUGGCUGGUCCGGGGCGAUGUCAAUGCCGAUGGGCUGGACGAUGUGCUGGUGGCCCGGCACCAGGGCAACCAGCUGGUCUUCCACCUGGUGGCCUCGUGCCGGGGGUGCGCCCCGGCCGGGACCCCGGUCGAGGUGGACUUCGGCGAGGCGCUGCCGGUCAGCGCCCCGGCCGCGGCGACCCUGCCCGCGCCGGAGGAGGUCACCCUGUGCGCGGAUCCGGACUCGCCGCAGGCCGGCACCGCCACCCUGCGCCAGGUCCCGCACGCGGCCCUGCUGGACGUCGAUGGGGAUGGCGAUCCCGAUCUCCUGGUCAGUGCCUAUCGCGAUCAUGGGGUGGCCCAUUUGGGGUACUGGGUGUUUGCCAAUCGCGCGGUGGGCCCGCUGCAGGAUGCCCCCAGCCAGGCGGCCCUGGCCCGGGGGGAGCUGUUUGUGCUGCAGGCGAGCCUGGCCGCCCGGCCGGCGGACACCAGCGGCUGCCUCGGCCUGCCGGGCCCGAUGGCCGGCAUGCUUGACCGGCACUUCGGCCCGGGGGCACCCCCGGCCGAGGGGACCCCGCCGGCCCAUGGCCCGCGGCUGGCCCGCCACCAGGUCACCUUCGCCGACCACGAGCCCAAUCCCCAAGUGCAGAACCUUUCCCCCUUCUUCGCCACCGGCGAGGUGAUGCUCUACCGGCCGGGCCCCGGGCCGCUGGACCGGCCGGGCCUCUUCACCGGCGCCCGGGCCCUGAAUGUGGGCGUGCGCCAGCGUGGGCAGCCCUUCAUCCCGGGCAAUGUCGGCUUCCGGAAGGACAAUUGGCCGCUCCUGGCCAGCCCGGUGCCGCUGCUGGCCCUGGAGAGCCGGCUCAUGUGGGGCGUCCUCCCGGGCCCGGGCGGCCCCACGGCCGCGGCCCUCAUCCACGCGGAGGUCCUGGCCCCGGCGACCGGCGACAACGCCGGCAUGGUGACCCUGCGCUUGGCGAUCAACCCGCUGCUCGGGGCCCGGAGCUAUGGCUGCGAUUGCAGCGGCCGGGGGACCUGCGCGCUGGCUGGCCCCGAAGCCGGGCGGUGUGUCUGCCUGGCCGGCUUCACCGGGCCCACCUGCGGCGAAUGUGCCGCCGGCCAUUACAGCCGGUCGUGCUUCCGCGCGGCCACCUGCGAUGCAACCACCCUCCCGAGCACCGGGGCCGAGGGGCUCGGCCUGUGCCAGUGUGCCGAGGCCUACCAGGAGAAGCCCCCGGCCAGGGCCUUCGGGGACUUCCGAUCGUGCACCCUCUGCGCGGCGGGGUACUUCCGGCCGGCCGGGGCCCCGGCCGGCCAGUGCGCCGCCUGCCCGGCCCAUUGCGAACUUUGCCUCGACACCUCCGGCCAGUGUGUCCUGUGCCAGCCGGAUGCCGUGAUGCCGCCCCAGUCGACCGAGUGCCGGGGCUUCGCCAGCCCGGCCGAGGCGGCGGCCAUUUGCGGCGACGGGUACUUCUACAAUCCGCAGGCCAAUGCCUGUGACACCUGCCCGGCCGGGUGCUCGCUGUGCGCCGGGGCCAGCCGGUGCACCGCCUGUGCCAAUCCCGAUGCCGCCCUGCUGGAUGGCAUGUGCGUGCUGGAUUGCCCGGCCGGCAUGUGGCUGCGCCCGGCCGCCCCGGAGGACGAGCGCCCGUUCAAUGUGUGCGAGACCUGCGAUGAGGCCUGCAAGACGUGCACCGGCGCCACGGCCUACCACUGUCUCUUCUGUGCGCCGGGCUACCAUCGGACGAUGGGGCUCUGUGAGCUGAUCCCGCCGAUGCCCGACUCCUCGGACUCCGCAUCCAGCGGGCCGGGCCCCGGCCAGGGGAGCUCGAGCGGCUCGCCCGGGCCCGGGUCCUCGGCGAGCGGCAGCCACAGCUCCGGCCCCGGCCCGGGCUCAUCGGACUCCUUCUCCACCAGCGGCAGCCCGGGCACCACGCCGGGCGCCGGGGGCACCAACUACAUGCUGAUUGCCGGCGGGGCCGGAGGCGGCCUGCUGCUGGUCAUCGUGGUGGGGCUGGGGGUGGGCUUUGUGGCCAUCCGUCAGCGCCGCCGCCGGGGCGACGCCUCGGAACAUGACGCCGGCUCGGCCGGGCCCGGCGGCCCCCGGGGCAAGGGCCCCGCCAGGGCGGGCGACCCGGAGUCCGGGUCGCCGGACUUGCGGGACUUCUCCGACUCCAGCUCCACGCUCAACAGCACGUCCUACCUGCUGGGGAGCCCCCGGUCGCCGGCCCUGUCAGCCGGGUCGAACGAUGACAUCAGCACCGGCAGCGGGGCCUCCUCGCCGGGCGUCGACGGCGAGGCAGGCGCGACCGCCGCCGCCGCCGCCAGGCGCCCAAACAUGAUUGAUCCCAGCCUGCCAGGCUUCCUGCACAUCGACUACGACCAGGCCGUCGAGUAUUCCGACGACCUGCCGGUCCUCGGGGUCGGCGGCCAGGCCGAGGUCAAAGCCGCGCACCUCCGCCUGGAGGCCUUCCAAACCAAGACGCACCUGAACAACCUGGACAAGAUUGAGUUCGAGGGCUUCGGCACCACGGGCCGGGGCCUGGCCGCCGUGAAGACGGUGUUCGUGUGCGACGAGUCGCGCGUCGCCUGGGAUGCCUUCAAGCAGGAGCUCAUCACCACUUGGGCCCUGAGCCAGGCGGUGCACACGGUGCCACUGCUGGCAUUCACCCACUCGCCGCCGUCCAUCAUCACCCCGGUGUAUGACACGGACCUGCACACGCAGCUGCACUGUGCCGGCAAGGCGCUGGCCGGGCUAGCCCCGGAGCGCCUGGCCGUCCCGUGGCACAUGGCCCUGGACGUGGCCCGGCAGGUGGCCUCGGCGCUGGCGAGCAUCCACGACUUGGGGUUCUCGCACUCGGACAUCAAGGCCUCCAAUGUCUUCCUCCAGUGGAUCGACCGGCCCCAAGCGGAGACCAUGCGCCUGAAGGCCAAGAACCGGGCCAGCCGCGACACCAGCCUGGCCCUGUCCGCCGGCCGGGGCGGCUUCUGGCGCGCGGUCAUCUGAGACUUCGGCAUUUCCCGGCCCAUUGGCCAUGCAGGCGCCGGGCAUUGGACCCAGGAGCCGGACGGCCCGCCGCCGGCCGGGCUCUCCCCGCGCUACGCGUCGCCCGAGCUCUUCGCCUGCCACCGGGACCAGUCAGAAAUCGCCUGCGACGCGCGCUACAGCGACAUGUACGCCCUCGGGUCCAUGAUGGUCGAGCUGAUGACCCGGCGGCAGCUUUGGGCCGGGCACACCCGUCAGGCCGUCGAGCAGGGAGUCCUGGAGGGCCGGCGCCCGGCCACCGGGCCGGUGCACGGGCCCUGGCCGGUGGCCGUGCGCCAGGCCUUCUCCGACCUGGCCACCCGGUGCUGGGCCCAACGCCCGGGGGACCGGCCCACCUCGGCCGCGGCCCUGGCCAGCCUGGGCGCCAUCAUCCAAAUGGCCCGGCCGCUGGUGGCUCAGACGCCGGGGCACACCUGGCGCCCGGGGGCCGCCGAGCCGCCGCUGCCGGCCGGCUUCGAGUGCGAGCCGGACUUCGGGUCGGCCGGGUGCGCGAGCGCCGCCCACCGGCCGGCCUCGGCCGGCGCCGGGGCCGCCGGCCCGGGCCCCGUCGGUCCCGGGACCGACGCCGGCGGCGGCGCCCACGACAGCCUCUACGGCACGGACCCCCUGGGCUCGGUGCACUCGACCAACAUGAUGGGCGGCGCGGUGCGGCCCUCGGCCGCGCCGGUGCGCGCCCGCGCCCCGCUCGGCGCCGCGCCCUGACCCCCCCAUGCCCGCGCGCCGAUCGGCCGCCACCGACAGACAGCCCUCCCCUUCACACGGGCGGCCAUUGUCCGCAUCCCGGGCCGGGCCGGGCCGGCCCCGCCGCCGCCCGGGGAGCACGCCAACAGACACGCCCACACCACACACACACACGCGCGCGCGCACA